GGGCACCGCCGCCGGCUCUCGCCCAGGUUGGACUCCCGGCCGCGCUUCUUUCCGGCUCUCGGGUCGAGCAUGCUCCCCAGAGCCCAGGUGAGGCGACUUCUGCGAUGCGUUCCCGGGAAGGAGCGGCUCGGCAUCUACAGGUUCCUGCCUUUCUUUUUCGUGCUCGGAGCCACGAUGGAGUGGAUCAUGAUCAAAAUGCGCGUCGGGCAGGAGACCUUCUAUGACGUCUACCGGAGAAAGGCCUCAGAGAGGCAGUAUCAGCGCAGGCUGGACGGUGCGCCGGAGUCAAAGUGAGUGGGGCCGCACUGCUCUCCAGACCUUGAUCGGACACAGCCGCCCACGCUUCCAAGAACUGCCUUUGGGAAGACUUACUCUAGGACUUCGGGAGACUCCCCAAGGCAUCGCUGGGUGGUGCUUGAGGGAAGUAGUUUCCCCUGGAAAUGCAGCUAAUCCACUGAACGUUGGAACCAAUCAGAAUUCUGG